AUGGAUCCGCGGCGAAGGCGAUUCGUCAUGAUUGCUGUUGUUACGCUGGUGCUAUUCAUCCUCUACACAUGGACAGGACAUCCUUCGUCAGUGUCCUCGGCAGUGCAGGCUGGGCUCGACUACUUCAUGCAUGUGCCAGAUCUCCCUGCCGCAAACUCAACACUGGGUUUUGGUGCAAUCGUCGCCGUCUCGCAACUCACAUCGACACGCCGCAAUAGCUUGCUGCUGGCAGCAAACAUCACCGAACUCGACGUCACCAUCCCCGACCAACCCGUAUGGACCGACGCAGACGUAGAAAAAUUCAAGACAAAGAAUGGCUCCUUGAUCACGCGCGGCUCAGCAAUGGCAUGGAUGGGCCAUCUGAACGUGCUGCGCUGGUUCCUCGACUCUGGGCUGGAAACAAUGCUAGUCAUGGAAGACGAUGUAGACUGGGACAUACACCUCCGCACCUCCCAAGUCCCCAAGGUAGCAGCAGCCAUGCGCACCCUCCUCACCGAGCAGCGACUGGGUCAACCGUCACCACAGAGCUCUCGCGAGAAGAUCGUUACACCCGACCAAGCGCAGGGCUACUGGGGCAACCCCAACGACUGGGAUAUCCUGUAUCUCGGCCACUGCGGCGACAUGUUCAAAUUCUCCCAAUGGACAAACGAAACAGAAAUCCCCCGGGUGGCCGUCAGCGACCCUACCCUGCCGUCUCCAGAAUACAUGCACAUCCUCACCCGCCGCUUCCUUGCCGAGAUCGGCAUCCCCAUCAAAACACGCGUGGUCCAUAAAUCCAUAUCACCGCUCUGCACUUUUGGCUUUGCGUUGUCUCGAAUGGGCGCUCAGAGAUUGCUCCACGAUGUCGCGGGCUCGGAACCAGAAGGAGGAAGCCAAGCCUACGACGUCCGCAUCCUCGAAGCCUGUCGAGACUUGUCUUUCCGCUGCUGGUCCGCCAACCCAGAAUUGUUCCACCACCAAGACGCCCCCUCCGAGAUUGCCAUUGUCAAUGCGAAAAAGGGCAAAGAUCACACUGCGCAUGAGCAUUCCUCCAAAGCGUCUCCUCCGGGUAUAGGUGUGGAUUCAGAAGGUAGAUUACAGGGCGCAGCACCGAACAUUGCUUGUGGUACCCGAGGAGCCAGUUUCUGGACGCAGGAUCCGGAGACGAUUGAGUAUUUGAGGGAGGUGGUGGGGAGACAGGGGCAUUGUUUGAGGGAUCAACAUGCUGAGGAUAUGAGUGUGUGGCCUCAUCUUUGA